AUGCAUGUGCAUCUUAUUACAGGAAAGGGACGGCACGACUCCGACUCCGAUAUUUCUCCACCAAGAAAAGGUGGUCCUGAACCGAGCGCUUUGAAAAAACGGCAUAGCUCGAGAUCUCCACAGCAUGAAAUGUCAUCACGGAAGGAACGGCGCCGUAGUGCUGAUAGAUCGCCUCCCAGAAAAUACAAUGACUCACAAGCCCACUCCAUGAGAAGGAGACGUGAUUCCGAUCAGUCACCGCCAAGGCAACAUGAGACUUCUGCUAAGAACGUUUCGGUCAAAGUUGAAGUUGACUCCGAUCAGUCGCCGCCAAGAAGGGAGAAACGUGCUCGGAAACGGAAUGACUCUGAUUCCGACCAGUCACCGCCUCGCAAACGUGAGAGUUCUAAUCGAAAAAGAAAUGGCUCUGACUCCGACCAAUCACCACCUCGGAGACGUGGUUAG